AUGACAGCACAACCCGCCUUCGCGCCUGUCGCGGCGAGGCGAACACUCGUCAAAGACCCGCCAUCGACAGCGCCGCCGAAAGCCACCAACUUCUCCUCUGCCGUCGUCGAUUACGUGCAACGUGCCUUCUUUGAGUUCAACAGACAAAAGGACACACCCCUGUUUGUCGGCAUCACCGACAAGGACAUCCGCGUCAAGCUCUCUUCCAUCGUCAAUCAGGCGACCGCGGAAGGCAUCACCAACUCGAGAGAUUGGUCGACGUACCCACUACCACAUGAAUUUGUGUUGGAAGAGCGGCGGCAAGCAGCAACCAUGGCCGCUCCCAUGCCUCACUUACCUCUAGCUAAUACGAACCACGCCUACGGACAGCCAACCGCGACCUGGGCACCGGAGCCGGCCUUGCAGAACAAGAAACGGAAAUCACCGGACCAGGAAGUCGCCGACUCGAACGGACAGGCCGUCACCCCACCAUGGAAAAAGCCCAAUACUAAAACUCUAGCGGAGCGUAUCACAGGCAAGAGCAAGAAUCAGGAGAAGAAGCAGAAGAAUAAGGCCAACGCGAACUGGUUCGAUACUAGCGAUGCUGCUCUUGCGGCACGGAGACAGCGGUUUGGCAACGUAUCCCCUGAUGCAUCUCCAUAUAUCUCUUCUCGUGACGAUUCACCUGAUGCCAAUACCGGACCCAUUGUGGGGACUUGCGAAGUUGUCGAGAAGAACUAUUUCCGACUGACUGCUCCGCCCAACCCAAGUACUGUGCGGCCGCUUCCUGUUCUCAAGAAGGCUCUUGAUCAUCUCUUCCGCAAGUGGAAGCAGGACCAUAACUACAAUUGGCUUUGUGACCAGAUGAAAUCGCUACGACAAGACAUCACAGUUCAACGCAUAAAGACGCCGUUCACCAUCAAGGUCUACGAAAGGCACGCCCGAAUCGCGUUGCAGAUGAAGGAUUUGGGUGAGUACAACCAGUGCCAGACACAGCUUCGUGCAUUGUAUAAGUCGAAGUUGGGUGAGAACGGCACCAGCGGAGGGGCAGAAGAUGAGUUCACGGCUUAUCGCAUUCUGUAUUUGAUUUACACGCGCAACCGGACCGACAUGAGUAACAUGUUGGCCGAUCUAACCACAGCAGACAAACAAGGACAAUAUGUGCAGAUGGCGCUUCAGAUCCGUGCAGCACUGGCGUCUGGCAACCACCACAAGUUCUUUCAGCUCUACCGGGACAGCCAAGAUCUGGCCAUGUUCCCAUAUCUGAUGGACAUGUUCGUUGACCGAGAACGACUGGCGGCACUCGCUGUCAUGUGCCGAGCCUUCAAACCCGAUGUACGAAGCACUUUCCUCGUCAAAGAGCUCGCGUUCGACAGUGUCGACGACGAUACGCCCGCGAGUGAGGAUGAUGCUGCUGCGCAUAAUCAGCGUAAAUGCCUUGAGUUCAUUCAACGAUACAGCGGCGACGGUCCCUUCGAAGACAAAGGUGACGGCGACAUUCGAGUACUGACUGGCAAAGCCGGACAUGUGUUCGAACAAGCAAAACAGGCGGCCUUCGGUAGAGUCGACAUCAAGGGUCAGAUAUAA